GCCACAGCUCCUACUGGCAGCGUCUCUGUGCCUGGCCCUGACUGCGAGAAGGCUGAGCAGCGCAGGGCCCCGCCCCGGGCUCCAUUGUUGAGGUUGCGGGCGCUCCGCGGGCUGCGCUCCUCUCGGCCAUCCUGCGGGCAAGAGCCAUUGGAUACUGAGCAAUGGAAGAGUUAAUAGUUGAACUCCGCCUCUUUCUGGAGCUCCUGGACCAUGAGUACCUCACAUCAACUGUCAGAGAGAAAAAGGCAGUGCUCACCAACAUCCUGCUGCGGAUGCAGUCAUCCAAGGGCUUUGAAGUGAAGGACCAUGCUCAGAAGACAGAGGCCAACAGCCUGCCGGCACCUCCCCAGAUGCCUCUGCCGGAGAUCCCUCAGCCAUGGCUGCCUCCUGACAGUGGGCCUCCACCCUUACCCACGUCCUCUCUCCCGGAGGGUUACUACGAGGAAGCCGUGCCACUGAGUCCUGGAAAAGCUCCGGAGUAUAUCACCUCAAAUUAUGACUCCGAGGCCAUGAGCAGUUCCUAUGAGUCAUAUGAUGAAGAGGAGGAGGAUGGAAAAGGGAAGAAAACCCGGCACCAGUGGCCCUCAGAGGAGGCCUCCAUGGACCUGGUGAAAGACGCCAAGAUCUGUGCCUUCCUGCUGCGCAAGAAACGCUUUGGCCAGUGGACCAAGCUGCUCUGCGUCAUCAAGGACACCAAACUGCUGUGCUAUAAAAGUUCCAAGGACCAGCAGCCUCAGAUGGAGCUGCCACUGCAAGGCUGCAGCAUCACGUACCUCCCCAGGGACAGCAAGAAGAAGAAACAUGAGCUGAAGAUCACCCAGCAAGGCACAGACCCUCUGGUUCUCGCUGUCCAGAGCAAGGAGCAGGCUGAGCAGUGGCUGAAGGUGAUCAAAGAGGCCUACAGUGGCUGCAGCGGCCCCGUGGAUCCGGAGUCUUCUCCACCACCCAGUGCCAGCGCCCCCGUGAACAAGACAGAACUGGAGAAGAAACUGUCUUCAGAAAGGCCCAGCUCUGAUGGAGAAGGUGCCGUGGAAAAUGGAGUUACUACAUGUAAUGGAAAAGAACAAGUGAAGAGGAAGAAAACCUCCAAGUCAGAGGCCAAGGGAACUGUGUCCAAGGUCACCGGGAAGAAAAUUACCAAGAUCAUUGGUCUGGGAAAGAAGAAGCCAUCCACAGAUGAGCAGACGUCAUCAGCAGAGGAGGAUGUGCCCACCUGUGGUUACCUAAAUGUGCUCUCCAACAGCCGCUGGCGAGAGCGCUGGUGUAGAGUGAAGGACAGCAAGCUCGUUCUGCACAAGGACAGGGCUGACCUGAAGACCCACAUUGCCUCCAUCCCUCUCCGUGGCUGCGAGGUGAUCCCGGGCUUGGAUUCCAAGCAUCCGCUGACUUUCCGGCUGCUUCGAAAUGGACAGGAGGUGGCUGUGCUAGAGGCUUCGUCCUCUGAAGACAUGGGCAGAUGGAUUGGCAUCUUACUGGCUGAGACGGGGUCAUCCACGGACCCGGGAGCCCUGCACUAUGACUACAUAGAUGUGGAGAUGUCCGCAAAUGUCAUCCAGGCGGCCAAACAGACCUUCUGCUUCAUGAACAGGCGUGCAGUGUCCACCAGCCCUUACCUCGGGAGCAUCUCCAACGGCUAUGCCCACCCCAGUGGGACAGCACUACACUACGACGAUGUCCCCUGUGUCAACGGCUCGUGGGACGUGGAUGGCGGCUUUCCUGGCUGUGGGAACAGAGGCCUGGCGGAAGAGGUGCUUUAUGAUAACGCGGGCCUCUACGAUAACUUGCCAUCGCCGACAAUCUUUGCUCGCUCCUCUCCUGCCGACCGGAGGGCAUCUCGGCCACCCGCUGACAGGCUGUCCUCUAACCACUACAAAUCCCCCACCUCCUGCAGCCCGCCCUGCUCCCCAUCUCUCACUAACACCUCUUCUGUGGGGAGGGCGUCUCUCGGGCUACACUCUCAGUUGAAGAGCAAAAAGUCUCCGGUGUCAUCAAAUGGGGUUCCCAUAAAGGGGAAGGCUCCCAGCGGCCAGCAAAAAAAAGCGGAUUCUGCAAGUGGUGUGAAACGGACAGCAUCAAAUGCUGACCAGUACAAAUAUGGUAAGAACCGGGUGGAAGCAGAUGCCAAGCGGUUACAGUCCAAAGAGGAGGAGCUGCUGAAGAGGAAAGAGGCCCUGAGGAACAGGCUGGCACAGCUCCGGAAAGAGAGGAAGGACCUGAGGGCCGCCAUUGAAGUGAAUGCAGGCAGGAAGACCCAGGCGGCCCUGGAGGACAAGCUGAAGAGGCUGGAGGAAGAGUGCAAGCAGAGGGAGGCAGAGCGAGUCAGCCUGGAGCUGGAGCUGACCGAGGUCAAGGAGAGCCUGAAGAAGGCCUUGGCUGGUGGCGUCACCCUGGGACUGGCCAUUGAGCCCAAGUCAGGGACAUCAAGCCCACAGUCUCCUGUGUUUCGGCAUCGGACUCUGGAAAAUUCUCCCAUCUCCAGCUGUGAUACAAGCGAUGCUGAGGGGCCCCUGCCCGUGAACAGCGCAGCCGUCCUGAAGAAGAGCCAGCCAUCCUCGGGCAGCUCCCCUUGCCGUGGCCACGUGCUGCAGAAGGCCAAGGAGUGGGAGCUGAAGAACGGCACAUAGAGAGAGCCCAGCCACGCCCAGCCACGCCCAGACAGAGACUGCGCACUGCCACCAGCCUCACGUGCUACACGGGCGCCUCCCAAAGUGGCCUGAGCAUGACUCUUCAGAAGUUUGGACUGAGUCUGACGCUGACCCUCAGCCGGCUUACGUGCACGCUUUCUACUGUAUGACGGUGCCCUUUAGGAAAGUUUACGUUAAAACUUUGGUGUCCAAAUCUCCUUGUUCAAAAGCAGAAACAGAACGGGGUGGCUGGUUGUUCCGAAGCACCCUCUGGCAGAUGGGGCAGUCACAGUUCUGAGGACCUCAGCUCAACCCCAGCCUGCAGCCCACGGACAUGUGCCCCUGUGAGACAGGGUGGCCUGAGCCUUCCCUAUUUCCGGCCAGAGCUGCGUACCUCGCCCUGUUUGCCAGAGGGUCCUACACUGUAGCAGCAGCAUGGACUCCUUGUGUCUCUGCAGCCCACCCCACCCCCCGCCCCUGCCCCUGCCUGUCCCCUUGUCACUGGAGGUAAAGCCAUGAGGAAUAGUGCUGUGAAGCAAUUUUUAAGGUUUGGUUUUUGGUUUUGGAUAGACAUUUUGUCACCAGGAUGGAAAAGUUGUCAUUAUUUUUACCAAUGUUUUUCAUUUGUUGGCUUUUAAAGAAAAUGUCCCUUUUUAUUGUGUGCUAUGCUUAGAUCUUAGGGACUUUCUAGAGGCCCUGUUUCCCAUUUUAUGAUGUAUUUUGAGAGGUGGCACAGAGCUUCAGUCCUUGGCUUGCAUGUGCAGCUUUGCCCUGACCUGAGACCCCAGCCUCACCCACUGCCGAGCAGUAGCUCCUCAGCUGAGAAAACACACUGGCCACCAUGUACCUGUGGAUCUAACAGAGCUGGCUCUAGACCCUGUAGUCUAACCUGG